AAAAUGCUGAAGUCCGGUACGAUAAAUUCUCUGGUUUCGCCGUUUACCGAUGCAACCAUCAUUAUCAAUAUUUAUCACAUUUUUCAGCUUAAUCUUCCUUCCAUGUAUGUUAUGAGGCGAGUAGAAUUAUCUGCGCUUUAAUCCAAAUUGAAUACAAGAAUUUUUGCUUCCAAUUCUCCUCAUCAUGAAUCUGCAACCUUGAACAAGGGCCGUAUUUUGUAUUCGAAAAUCUAUUGCUGCAGUAAAUGCGUAUGAGCAAAAUUUCUGUCUGAGACGGACUACGGAACCCUGAAAAUGGAGCGCAAAGAUAAUCAAACUCCACAAGGGCAAAGUGCUCGGGUUCUCGUGGAAUUCCUGGAGGUAGCCAUCACCUCUAUUGUUUUUCUCAAAGGAGUUUAUCCAAAUGGUAAAAACAGUAUUACAAAAAAUGAGAUCAAUAAUUCCACCUUAUUACAUAUUUCUAGAGCAUUUGAGAGGCGGAGAUACAUGAACAUGGUGGUUCAUAGGGCUAGGCAUCCUGAGCUUUAUGAAUACAUUCACUCUGCUGUUAAUGGUCUCCUCCCUUUCAUCCAAAAAGGUUUGGUGGAGAGAGUUGCUGUUAUCUUCUUUAAAGAAGAUAAGGUGCCAAUUGAGAGAUUUGUCUUUAAGCUUAAUGUGAAUCAGUCAUAUGGUUCAAAAGUGGAACAAGCUGACCUGGAGUUCUCUCUUAGAUCCUUCUUGAUCAAAUUGCCUGUGUCAGAACCGAUGACGAAGUUUCUUCCCCGCAAUUGUAGAUGGGAGAUAACAGCAUAUUUUCGCUCUCUGCCUCAGACCAGUACCAUCAAAGAUACAGAAAUGUGGAUCCCAACAGACACAAAGCAGUGGCAGCAACUUCCAGUGAUAACUCCUAUUAGGUCCAUGAGCAGUGAACCUCUUGGUUUGCAGCUGUAUCUGGAACACCCGAGUCUUUCUGAGCCAAAGCCCUAGGUAGUAUGUUUUACAAAUAGUAGGUAAUUAUGAGUUCAAUACACCAUGUUUAGUAGAAAGACAUGGAAUUCCUUGCUUAUCACACGAUCGUUAUAUUCAAGUAUGAAAAAGCUGGUUUGUUCUCUA